CCACGUGGAAACCUGGAAAGGUGUAUUUUGCUUGUAGGCGUGUCUCUUUCCUCACCGCUCCACACUCGUCUUUCUCUAUUGCGAGCCUUUCCACCUUCACUAGCUAGGAUCCCUUUGCGGUCCUCAACUAAGCUCGGGAACCACCUGCACAUAUCCUCUUUUUGCUGCAUUCUUUGUUCACUCAUGGCGAUGGUUAGUGCUUCUGCUGCUUGUAUUAGUCUAAGAAUUCAACAUCCUCUAUUGCCAUCAUCAUUUCUCAAGGUGCCGUCUCAAUCCAAUUGUUCCUUGGCAUUAGCUCCUGCGACCACAAGAACUAGAAGACCUCUUCACAGCAAGUGUUUUGUGGUAAAGGAGGAAUUUCCCGAGCCUGUUGGCCAGGCCGAGGAAGGAGUAGAGUUGAGGGAGAACAGCGAAACUCUUCUCUACUCUUUCUCUCCCCUGCCAUUGUUGUACGCCGCUGCACUGCUACCUGGAGCUGGGGCUGUGCGAUCUGUAUUUGGGCCUUUUGUUGAGCUUGUCAAAUCAUGGAAUCUCCCAGAUUGGCUCGUGCAUUGGGGUCACCCUGCCAACAUGGCAGUUGUGCUCUUUGCCAUGGGUGGCUAUGGAACUUAUCUAGGUUUCCGUAUACGUUAUUCUGAUGAUGUGGACGAGAAGGCUAAGGCCAAGGACUUACACCCAAAGCUUUUAGGUGGUAUGUUUAUCUUCUUUGCGCUAGGUGCUACUGGUGGAAUAACGUCUUUGCUAACGUCAGAUAAACCUAUCUUUGAGAGUCCUCAUGCUGUUACAGGCGUCACUGGCCUUGCUCUGUUGACAAUACAAACUAUAUUGCCUUCACUAUUUGAGGGGAAUCCUGCCCUAAGGAAUGUUCACGGUAUCUUGGGUAGCGGUAUCAUGACGCUCUUUCUUAUUCAUGCUGCUCUGGGACUUCAAUUAGGCCUUAGUUACUAAUUGUAACACGGAUUGAUCCUGCAUUAGUAUUCUGAGCGAUUAUUCUUUUUUUUUUCAUUAUGGUGUACAUUCUUUCCUGGACGUGGCUCUUAACUUCAAUCUGAAAUGAGACCCCCAAGUACGAGGAUGGUUGAUUCUCCUCUAACAUUUUGUUUAAA